AGUGCCGACAAGUUUAAUUAUAGACAUGACCACAUUAGACAUAGUAUUUGUGUUCCUCUUACAUGUUCAAAUAUACCUUAUCAAAACGAACCGGAAUUACGAGAAGGCAUAACUAACUGUUACAAUGGAAAGUUUUAUCAGUAUGGACUAAAGGGAACUAUUACAAGAAUAACAUGUGAGACAAAUGAAGCUCAGUACCCUAUAGACAUUAUUGAUGUAAUUGUUGGGGCAUUAUUUAUUUGUUAUAUGGCUCUGGUAAUAUUUGGAUCUGUUUAUGAAGGAAUGGCUAGAUAUAAGGAUAAGUCCGAAUAUCAGAGAAUAAUUAGUACUUACUGGGGAAGAGUGAUAGCCGCCUUUUCAAUACUAAGAAAUUGGGAAAGAUUUGUAAUGGUUAAAACAUCUCGAGAAGUUGAAAAGUUACGAUGCUUGCAAGGAGUUAGGUUCUACAAUACGAUAUUGGUCAUAUUCUGCCAUACUUCCCUAAGUUUUUUAAUGGGACCAGUAGCGAACACUAAAUACACAGAAACUGAUGAGAAAAAAGAAGAAAAAGUCAAUUACCCUAAUUUACAAUUACAUAACAUAAAAAAAGAAAGAAUUAAGAAGUGAGGGAAAGUAUAGAAGAAAACAAUUACUCGUUUAAAAUAAAGGCACGAAGCUCAAGUACACCCAUUACAAACGUGCACAGCAUCUUAGCAGUUUUAGGACUUUUGGGGAUAAUGUUCAUAUAUAGGGCAUUUAAUAAACAUAUGUUCAAGUGUAAAUCAAAAAGUAUUACAAAUGGUGCAUACUUCA